GUCAGGAUGUGUCUUCUCUUUCUCAGUUUCUCUAGCGACACAUCCCAACCGUACAAACUUGUUUUAGUUUUCAAUAGAGAUGAAUUAUAUUCGCGACCGACAACUCCUGCGCAGUUUUGGGAUGAUGACAAUAUUUUAGCAGGAAUGGAUAUGGAGACUGGAAAGAAUGGUGGCACUUGGCUUGGCAUUACAAGGACGGGUCGAAUUGCUACUCUUACUAAUUAUCGUCAGAAGUUUUCUGAUUUGAAUCCUAAAGCCCAGGGAAGAGGUUUCUUGGUUGUCGACUAUCUACAUUGUGAUUUGCCACCAGAAGAAUAUUUGAAGCCUUUGGCGGAAACAAGAACUCAUUUCAAUGGAUAUAACAUUCUUACAAUAGAACUGAAGUCAGGCAAGGUCUUUUAUUUCAGUAACAUGGAGGGCAGAGAUAUUCAACAGCUGACACCUGGAAUUUAUGGUCUUAGUAAUAAGACAGUUGAUGAUCCAUGGGCAAAGGUGGUUCAUGGCAAGCAGAGAUUUAUAGAUGUGUUGCAGUUAUACCAAGACUUGAAAGAGGCACUAAUAGAAGAACUCUUGAAGAUGAUGUCUGAUGAUACUUGUCGUCAUCCUGGUGGUAACUAUCCUUUGUUAGACUGGCCGGAGGAAUACAUAAAAUGUUCCAGUUCGAUAUUUGUUAGAGGGUUUGAGACACCAUCAGGUGGUUAUGGCACAAGAACAACUAGUGUUAUACUGGUGGACAACAAGGAUCAUGUGACAUACGUUGAGCGUACUCUGGAUGAUCCUAUAGAGAUUGGAACAUACAGAUGGCGAACACAGCAGUUUGAGUUUGACCUGUUGUCAUCAGCUUGAUUAGAGCAAAACCAAGACAGUCGACUAGAAGUUCCAAGUUGGAAGUCUUUGCAUCGAUAUCACUACAAUAUGAUGCUUGUCAAGAGGAAAUAUAGUCACUACUAACAUUUGCAUUCUUUUGUGUUUGAUCUGUAGUAUAUGUAUGUGUUGCAUCUACUCUGGUAACACUGAAUUGUCUAUGUUACCAGUAAUUAACGUUGUGACAUUGUGAUAGCCAAGCUGAUAUAUGCAAUCCUUUUUUAUGGUGUUUUAAUUACUUAUAUUGUUGAAUGUUCUUAUUAUUAA